AUGUGUACGACAUACAUCCAAGAAAGAACAGAGUUGAUCGAAGCCUUACACAAGGAUAGAAAGCUAUCUGACCUUCCCAAGAUUACUCAGCCCACAUUAAUCAUCCGGGGAGAACAUGAUCAGAUAUUCCCAUUGGAAUUGGCACACAGAUUGAAAAGGCUUUUGGGUGAAAAUGCAGAACUUGUGAUUAUAAAGAAAGCAGGACAUGCAAUCAACAUGGAGAAGCCCAAAAAGAUGUACAAACACUUGAAGUCAUUCUUUAUCAAUCCUCUCCCUCUGCCUAGGCAUGAAAAUAAUGGCAAUAGCCACAAGGAAGACUGA